CUCCAAAAGUGCUGGGAUUAUAGGCGUGAGUCACCAUGUCCGGCCUAAAGAGGACUUUUUUAAGGUAGCAGGUAUGCCAGCAGGCUGCACAGGGAUGGAAGUGAUCCGUUAGAAGAGAGAUGAUGGAGCCGCAAGACCAUCAGGAGUGAAGACUCCGUGCAUCAUGGACCGAUCUAAAGAAAACUGCAUUUCAGGGCCUGUUAAGCCUGCAGCUCCAGUUGGAGGUCCAAAACGUGUUCUCGUGACUCAGCAAUUUCCUUGUCAGAAUCCAUUACCUGCAAAUAGUGGCCAGGCUCAGCGGGUCCUGUGUCCUUCAAAUUCUUCCCAGCGUGUUCCUUUGCAAGCACAAAAGCUUGUUUCCAGUCACAAACUGGUUCAGAAUCAGAAGCAGAAGCAAUUGCAGGCAACCAGUGUACCUCAUCCUGUCUCCAGGCCACCGAGUCAUACCCCAAAGAGCAAGCAGCCCCUGCCGUCGGCACCUGAAAAUAAUCCUGAGGAGGAACUGGCAUCAAAACAGAAAAAUGAAGAAUCAAAAAAGAGGCAGUGGGCUUUGGAAGACUUUGAAAUUGGUCGCCCUCUGGGUAAGGGAAAGUUUGGUAAUGUUUAUUUGGCAAGAGAAAAACAAAGCAAGUUUAUUCUGGCUCUUAAAGUGUUAUUUAAAGCUCAGCUGGAGAAAGCCGGAGUGGAGCAUCAGCUCAGAAGAGAAGUAGAAAUACAGUCCCACCUUCGGCAUCCUAAUAUUCUCAGACUGUAUGGUUAUUUCCAUGAUGCUACCAGAGUCUACCUAAUUCUGGAAUAUGCACCACUUGGAACAGUCUAUAGAGAACUUCAGAAACUUUCAAAGUUUGAUGAGCAGAGAACUGCUACUUAUAUAACAGAAUUGGCAAAUGCCCUGUCUUACUGUCAUUCGAAGAGAGUUAUUCAUAGAGACAUUAAGCCAGAGAACUUACUUCUUGGAUCAGCUGGAGAGCUUAAAAUUGCAGAUUUUGGGUGGUCAGUACAUGCUCCAUCUUCCAGGAGGACCACUCUCUGUGGCACCCUGGACUACCUGCCCCCUGAAAUGAUUGAAGGUCGGAUGCAUGAUGAGAAGGUGGAUCUCUGGAGCCUUGGAGUUCUUUGCUAUGAGUUUUUAGUUGGGAAGCCUCCUUUUGAGGCAAACACAUACCAAGAGACCUAUAGAAGAAUAUCCCGGGUUGAAUUCACAUUCCCUGAUUUUGUAACAGAGGGAGCCAGGGACCUCAUUUCAAGACUGUUGAAGCACAAUCCCAGCCAGAGGCCAAUGCUCAGAGAAGUACUUGAACACCCCUGGAUCACAGCAAAUUCAUCAAAACCAUCAAAUUGCCAAAACAAAGAGUCAACGAGCAAACAGUCUUAGGAAUCAUGCAGGGGGAGAAAUCCUUGAGCCAGGGCUGCUGUAUAACUUGUCAGGAACAUGCUACUGAAGUUUAUUUUACCAUUGUCUGCUGCCCUCAAUCUAGAACGCUACAAGAAAUACUUGUUUUACUGAGCAGGUGUGCCUUAACCUCCCUAUUCAGAAAGCUCCACAUCAAUAAACAUGACACUUUGCAGUGAAAGUAGCCACGAGAAUUGUGCUACUUACACUGAUUCAUAAUCUGGAGGCAAGGUUCGACUGCAGCCGCCCCGUCAGCCUGUGCCAGGCAUGGUGUCCCCACAGGAGGCAAAUCCAGAGUCUGGCUGUGGGGAAAGUGACCACUUUGCCUGACCCGAUCAGUUAAGGAGCUGUGCAAUAACCUUCUAAGUCCCUGAGUGAGUGUGUAACUUAUUGGGUUGGCCACGCCUGGUAAAGCUGUUGGAAUGAGUAUGUGAUUCUUUUUAAGUAUAAAAAUAAAGAUAUUUGUACAGACGUGUAUUUUUUCUCUGGUGGCAUUCCCUUAGGAAUGCUCUGUGUCUGUCCAGCACCCUGGUAGGCCUGAUUGGGUUUCUAGUCCUCCUUAACCACUUAUCUCCCAUAUGAGAGUGUGUAAAAUAGGAACAUGUGCUCUACCUCCAUUUAGAGACUUGCUUGGGAUACAGAAGAGGCCAUGUGUCUCAGAGCUGUUAAGGGCUUAUUUUUUUUUAAAACAUUGGAGUCAUGGCAUGUGUGUAAACUUUAAAUAUGCAAAUAAAUAAGUAUCUAUGUC